GUUCCCACGUAAGCUAUGGAAGCUCCGGUUUUUGUGUUAGUUUAUAAGUGGUUUUUCGCCCAGACACUCACAGAACACAAGACAAACAUGAGGUCUCUGUGUGUGCUCGUGGCCCUCCUGGGGGCGGCCGCUGCGCAAGUCGGCAAAGAAUGUGUUCCGCGGAACUUUGGCUUCGACAGUGUGGCAUGUGUCUGUAAUGCCACCUACUGUGAUGAGAUGGGCGACGUUGCCUUCCCGGACAGUGGCUUUUUCACCGUCAUCACUUCCUCGCGAGAUGGCCUGAGGUUCAGCCCGGAAACGAUGGCUAUGCAGGAUGCUCCGGCAGCUGGCUCCGUGGUGGUGAGGAUGGACCACAACAAAGAGUUCCAGACCAUGAUGGGCUUUGGAGGCGCCUUCACGGACUCCGCCGGCCUCAACAUCGUCAAACUCUCCGAGGCCGCGCAGGAAAACGUUAUGAAGGCCUACUUCUCCCCCGAGGGCAUCGAGUACACCCUGUGCCGCAUCCCGAUCGCCGGCAGCGACUUCUCCGUCCGCCCUUACUCCUAUGACGACGUCGAAGGCGAUGUCGCGCUCGAACACUUCGCGCUCGCCGAGGAGGACGACCUCUAUAAGAUCCCCCUCAUCCUCAGGGCCCAGGAGCUGACCCGUCGGCCCCUGCAGCUCUUCGGGUCGCCCUGGUCCCCCCCGGCCUGGAUGAAGACCAACGGAAAGUUCAACGAGUCUGGGGAACUGCUGAAGGAGAUGUGGCAGCCGUACUCCGACUAUUUUGUCAAGUUCGUCGAGGCGUAUGAGGCCGCUGGCGUUCCGAUGUGGGGCCUCACCACACAGAACGAACCCCUGAGUGGCUUCGAUGACAACUGGGGCUGGAACACCUGUGGCUGGACGGCAGAGGACAUGCGUGACUGGAUCAAGGCGAACCUGGGACCUACUCUGGAAGCUGCAGGGAUGAGGCGUCUGGUGCUGAUGAUAGACGACUUCAACAGGGAUACUCUGCCGUGGUACCCGAAGCCGAUGCUGGAAGACCCCAUGUCCGCCCAGUACAUCGACGGGACGGCCGUGCACUGGUACUCUGACCAGUGGGUGGGCCCCUCAGUCAUGGACGAGACGCAGAUGCUCUUCCCGGACAAGUUCCUCCUCUACACCGAGGCUUGUGAAGGAUGGGACGCCCCCGCUGAGGACAGUGUGAGGCUUGGACAGUGGAGUCGUGCUGAGAAAUACCCUCCUAUCCAAUUUCAAAAACACUUUCUAAACCCUCUAAAUCCACCGUUUCCAAUUCCCUCAAUCUCAAAACUUCUUUCUAAACCAUUUAUCCCCAUCCUUUCUAUUUCAAAACCUCUUUCCAAUCCAUUCCUUCCCCAUUUACACCAUUUUCAAAAACUCAAUUCACGCAUCUUAUUUCCCUUUCAGAACAUUAAUCACUUCUCGACUGGCUGGGUUGACUGGAACAUGGCGCUGGACAUGGCGGGCGGACCGAACUGGGCUGAUAAUUAUGUGGAUUCCCCGAUUAUCAUCAAUGCUGACGCGGACGAGUUCUACAAGCAGCCCAGCUUCUACGCCAUGGGCCACUUCAGCAAGUUCAUAUUCCCUGGAGCCAAGAGGGUGUUCUCUACCACGGUGUCUGAGGAGGACGUCGAGGUGGUGGCCUUCCACGAAACAACGGGAAGGAACGUCCUGGUUUUCCAUAACAGAGGUGAGGAAGCGAAGAACCUUUCAGUCACAGACGAAAGCGGAAUUUACCUCAACUUCCCCAUUCCAGCCAAGGCUCUUCAGACCGUUCUCUUUUAACAAGCAGAGAAUCGAGGAGUGACUUAACUAAUUGGAAAACUUUGCACUCUAGUUGAUGGAAAUCAAAUUGCCGGUAAAGUCACUCAAAUGGAGUAAUCUCUUCAUCAUGUAUGUGUGCGGAUGAACCAAAAAUAAGGUGUAAAAGAGUUUAUUUAAAAUCUACGUACAUAAUAGUCAGGGAAGUGCAAUAUGACAUCACUUGAAGAGAAAUGGGAAAAUAGCGCGCGAACGAGGAACAUUUUUAAAAUAUUUAAUAUUGACAAAAGCAAGAAAUGCUAAUAAAUGCAGGUUGAAGAUA